AUGAACAGGAGGAGGAUACAGAAUCCGAAUAGAUGCGCAGAGGAAUACUUGGAUGGAAUCGAUGAUUUUAUUGACUUUGCACUAAGAAGUGGAAUGAUUGAGACAUAUAGCAAUUGGAACCAUCACAGGGAACAAUUAGACAAAGCUUCCUCUUCAAGGGCCACAAGAGUGGACAAUGUUGAACCUAUUUUGGAUUCUAAUGAACAAGUCAUGGAUAUUAUAAAUGAUGCUUUUCCAUUUGCAUUGACCAACAUCAAUCAAGAAGAGGAAGAUGACAUGCCUACACCAAUAGACAGUGCGGAGUUCGAAUAG